UUUCUCUCAAAAUUUAAAUUUCACCACCUAGCGCCUUCGUCCACAAAUCUCUAGUUCCUUCUUCCAUUCAUCUCACUCUUUCUUUCUCUCUCUCUCUCUCUCUCUCUGCGCGAGGAAAAUGGCACUGAAACCUCUGAACAAGUCCCUACCUGCUGCAGUGACUCCAGAAAUAAGGCCCAAAAAGCAAACAAAAGUUGCAGUUUCGAUCCAUAGGCAGCGGCAACCUGAAGAUGUUGGCGUAAAUGAUGAAAACAAAGCGCCUCCAUUAGUGCCGCCACCAGCAGAUGCUGCUGCUUCCGCAUGCAUUGAUUACUACAUCUCCUCUGAAAACCUCAAGGCCUUGCCCGACCCCGAAAUCAAAAUCCAAAGCCUGGCCGAAGGCUUGGAGUCCAGGGACUGGUUGAGGGUCUGUGAUUCGCUGAACAACGCGAGGCGGUUGGUGCUGUAUCAUUCUUCCCUCUUGUUCCCCAUUCUGGAAAAGGUGAUGCUGGUGCUGGUGAAGGGCAUGAAGAAUCCGAGAAGUGCUCUGUGCAAGACUUCUAUAAUGACUGCAUCUGAUAUCUUCAAUACCUUUGCGGAUAAGUUACUGCUGGAAUCCACCACUUCUGAUGCAUUUGAUCACUUGUUACUGCAGCUACUGCUCAAGGCUUCUCAAGAUAAAAAGUUCGUGUGUGAAGAAGCAGAUAGGGCUCUAAAUGCAAUGGUGGGGUCAAUGAGUCCCCUUGCUUUGUUCCACAGGCUCAGGGCUUAUGUUGGCCAUGCCAAUCCUAGGGUCAGGGCCAAGGCUGCAAUCUCCAUGGCUCACUGUGCAUCCAAUAUGGGGUUAGAGCCUAUGAAGGAAUUCGGGUUGCCUUCGAUGAUUCAACUUGCCUCAGAUCUGCUGAACGACAGGCUGCCAGAGGCCAGAGAAGCAGCUCGGAGCAUGGUGACAUCAAUGUAUGUGGCAUUGACAGAGAAUGAAGAACAGAAGCAGGAGACAUGGCAAGCCUUUUGCCAGUCCAAUUUGCCUGCUAUUCAUGCACAGUCCAUGGUUAAACUACUUUCUUCCCAGUAAUGUUUGUGGCAGUUCAAGAACAGUGUACUGGUAGUAGCACUAGUACUGAUAGAACAAGUUUCUACAUGGAUGUAGCUGAGAGAUGCGUGUUGAGUGAACUAGUAUUAUGUCUUUUCAAUAACCCCCUCUCUGUCUCUCUUGCAGAAUUGGUCUAUCAAGCUUCUUUAUGGAGCAUAAUUGACACUAACAAAUGCAGC